AUGCCGUCAGUACAUCUGAUGAAGAAUCUUGUGCAAAAUGUGCCAGAAGUCAAAGUAAGCACCGUCAAACAAUGCAUUCGUGUUGUUACUUACGUUGAGGCAGGCGAUUCGGAAUUGGGCUCACCAUUAGCGGAUCCCCAUGCAUGGGAUAUAUUAGAGAGUUUCCUCACCUCCAAAACCGCCAGUUACAGCAAGACUCUCAAUGCGAUGGACAAUUACCUCGGCGGGCGAUUUAUCACCGCUGAGUGGGCAGAGGUGACCACUGCUUUGUUUUCAGGCGAUAACAACAAUAGCCUCUCCCUACAAAACUUUAGAUCAGUUAGGCAGAAAUAUGUGCUGAAUCCUCCAACCAGGUCAAAAGACCAUCCUCUGCAUCAGUAUCAGAGCAUCUUUCUUGAUCUCGAAGCAAGCGAUGAUGAUGAUGAGGAGGAUGAGGAGGUGUUGGUGUUUGAAGAGGGGGAGGAUGCGUAUGGCACUAUAUCUGCACAUUUAUUAUUUGAGCGUUCCACAGCUUGCGCGCUGCACAUUUUCGUCAAUCCAGAGUGGGCGUGUUUUAAUCAAGAGGUUCUGCAUUCCUGCACUGCGCAUUUUUGCCAAUCCAGAGCUGGUGUGUUUGCUUGUUCAAGUCUCUACUAA